AUGAGAACCAGUACAAGUUAUCCAACAACUCGCACUCCUGUCCAUUCAUUGUCUAAUUAUCAAAGGCAUAUGAAGAUUGGAAGAUAUAUGGCAUGUAAGGGACAUUCACCGGACUCUUCACAAUUUCUGUGCUCUUGCAAAGGAUGGCGACCCAAUUCUGUUGUUAAUGGUUCUGGACGAAUCGAUUUGUGCAUUUGUGGUCACAAAUUAGGGAUUCAUGGAAAUGUUAAUGACAUUUAUGGUGAAGACUUUUUUAAAUUAUUGAAUAUUGCCAUUCAAAUCGACGAAUAUUUAGAUAAGAAAGGGAAAUUAUUAGACUUUGAGUAUGUGGAUAAAUUUGUUCAAAAAAUGAGAGAUCAAAUGACAUCUACCAUGAAUCACACUAGACAUUAUCAUGGAAUAAUAUGUAACAAGGAACCAGUUGAAAAAGAUUUGAAUCUUAAUGAAAGAAACAAUAAAUUUGAUCAUAGGCUCAUAUUUACGGAAGAACAGGAAGGAGACAUUCGAUGGAGAAUCAUUAACAAUGACGGUUCACGGGAGAAUUUGUUUUUACUUACGAGCGUUAAGGAAUUGAUUUCUACCGCAUUACCAAAGAUGCCAGCAGAGUAUAUCGCUCGUGUUGUGUAUAAUCAUAAUCAUUACAAUUUGGUGAUCGUUAAAGAGCCCAAUAAAGUUAUUGGUGGGAUUUGCUAUCGUCCAUUUACGGAAAGGAACUUUAUUGAAAUCGUUUUCUUUGCUGUUAAUGGAGAUUAUCAAGAUAAGGGAUAUGGUAGACGUUUGAUGAAUCGUUUAAAGUAUUUCAUGAGGGAUGUGGUCAAGAUCAAAUAUAUUCUGGUUUACGCAGAUGAAAGUGCCAUCGGUUUCUUUCGUAAGAUUGGAUUUACAACCAAUAUUACAUUAGAUAAGGACAUUUGGAGAGGAUAUAUCAAGGAUUAUAGUAAAGCAAAACUAAUGCAG